CCAGAUUAUCUGUUUUGAAACGCCCCCUCUACCGCUUCAGGUUUCAAUACACAUCCAAAAAUUGAAAGUCUACGGAGAUUUUGCAUUGCAUCAGCCAUUAAUAAGCCCGGAUGAUAACGUUAAAAAAUUGCGCGAUGUAUUCCGAAUGGAGAAAAGAUGUGAACAUUUCCAUGAAUCUCCCUAGUAAGAAAAUUGUUUUCGUUCCUGUGAAAUUUUAUGAGUGAAAAGGGAUAAUUGUUCAAUGAAGAUAUCUUGGAUAUAUUCCCUUUCAUCGAUUUCAAUUGUAUUUCUUUCACAGACACUCAGGAUGAAAAUAGCUGUUGAAGGCUGCUGCCAUGGAGAAUUAGAUAAAAUUUAUGAAACUUUAGAGUACAUUGAAAAGAAAAACAGCAUUAAGAUUGAUUUGUUACUGAUAUGCGGGGAUUUCCAGGCCGUGCGAAAUGUUGCAGAUCUACAGUGCAUGGCCGUGCCACAACACUAUCAAAAACUUAAUACAUUUUACAAAUACUAUUCAGGAGAGAAGAAGGCUCCAUACCUGACGGUAUUUAUAGGUGGGAAUCACGAGGCCUCCAAUUACCUGCAGGAGUUACCAUAUGGUGGUUGGGUUGCCCCUAACAUUUAUUACAUGGGUUAUGCAGGUGUGAUACAGGUUGGAGGGGUGCGAAUUGGAGGUCUGUCUGGAAUAUUUAAAGGAAGAGAUUAUAACAAAGGUCACUUUGAGCAUAGUCCGUUCAAUAAUGAAACCAAAAGAACUGUGUAUCAUGUUCGCAGUUUUGAUGUUUUUAGAUUGAAACAGAUUUCUAGACCUGUAGAUAUAUUUCUGUCUCAUGACUGGCCUAGAGGAAUAUACAACUUUGGCAAUGUAAACAUGCUCCUGAAGAAAAAGCAGUAUUUCCGCGAGGAAGUGGAACAAGAUCGUCUAGGAAGUCCUGCAGCCAAAGAGCUCCUGUUUCACAUCAAGCCAGACUAUUGGUUUGCUGCUCAUCUCCACGUUAAAUUUCCUGCCAUUGUUCAACAUCAGAGUUCAGAUGGAAAUCAGAAGACUACAAAGUUUUUAUCACUUGAUAAAUGUUUACCAAGGAGGAAGUUUUUACAGAUUUUAGAUGUACCACAUGAUGCAGAAAAGCCAAUCAAAAUUGAAUUGGAUCCCGAGUGGCUAGUGAUCCUGAGGUCCACCAAUCACCUGAUGAAUCUCACUAAAAUGGCCAGGUACAUGCCUGGCCCAGGCUCUAGUGAAAGAUGGGAUUUCACUGUAAAGAAGGAAGAAAUGAACAAGAUUCUGGAGGAUUUCGGAGGAGAUCUGUCCCUGCCUGAGAAUUUUGAGAGGACUGCCCCAAUUCAUGAUCCAAACCAAUCCAAGAAGAAGUCUGGUCCUCCAUCACUAGUGAUUAACCCCCAAACAAGUCUGCUCUGUACCAUGCUAGACCUUACAGAUCCCAAUGCAGUUUUCCUGGGGAAAGAUUCCCACAUAAAACCUGAGGACUUGUCUGCUAUGGAGUCUGCUAGUGGAGAGAGUCAGGCCGCGGAGGGGGAAGAUGAGGAUGAUGAUGUGGAAGAUGAAGAGGAAACAGAAUAUGAAUCAGAACCCAGCUUUAUGUCUAUGUCAGGGAGUGAAAGAAGUUUUCUUUCAUCUAGUAAUGCUGACGAAAGUUUCUUCUCUGAAAACUUGAAUUUCUCAAGGGAUGACCAGAAUGCCAGUUACAACCCAGACGAGAUUUCCAUCUCUGAUGAAGAAGAUGAAUUCAAAGAAAUCAUGGCAGCACAAAGAGAGGCCCAGAAGUCGGAUUCCUCAGACGAGAAACUAGCUUCACCACUUAAAAAUGUGAAUAUAGACUCCGAGAGUUCAUCUUUGAACACCUCUCUAAGAAGUUCAGAAGAUGAAAUAGCAUCUCCAAUUAAGAGCAUAGUUUCUGAGGGCAGUAAAUUAGCUUCACCAAAUAAAAGCUUGCAAGAUAGCUAUGAACUUGAUGAAUUGGACCCAGAAUUUUUGGAAAUGAUAGCUGCUCAGAAGAAGCAUCAAGAUUUAAAAUCUGGAGGCCAUAUCGAAAUAGCUGCCUCGAAUAGUGAUGACGAAGUUGAAGAAAUUUUGAAGGAGCAAAAGUUGAAGAAAUCAAGGGGCAUACCAGAGUCAGCUAGUCCAACAGAGGAGUUAUUGGAUAAUAAAGCUAGCACUGACAAGUCCUCCCAGAAAAGAAACGAGGGAACAGAAUGUGAGGAGAGUCCUCAGACAAAAAGAUUAAAGAGACGCAAUCAGCAACUGUAUACAGAAAGUGACAGCUGACGUUAAGUGAAGUCGGAAAUCAUUUGGGAAAAAAAAGAUUAAAAUGUGUGCGAAACAAAAUUGAAAUAACAGCCGUGAAGGAAAAUUAAUUAUUAUACUUUUGAUUGCAAUGGUGACAACUUUUCCAUUAAAGACGAUGCAUGGUCUAGACAUAUGUUUAUAAUCUUUAUUAAAAAUGACACCGUAAAUGAAUGCAGUCUGCUUCUGUUCAAAAUGUAAUAUUGCUCUACAAAUCAUCAAAUCACUGAGUAUUUUUGAUUUUUGCCCUGUACAUGUAUAACAAAUUCAGAACUUUUAUUUGCUGCACAACUUGCAGGAAAAGUUGCGUGGAUAUACAAGUAUGAAUCGGCUGUCACGGUAUAUCUGUAUUGUGAUUGAGUGUUUUCAUAUAAUCCAUUUAAUACACCAUAAAAUAAAUCAGAUUCAGCAAAUUGA